AUGACAUUCCAAAUGACAAAGCAUAUUUGGGUAACUAACACAUGCCUUACAAUAGUUACGUCUUUCCCUUGCAGGUAUGGACAGUAUAUAGUAAUGUCAGAUAUUAUAGAAUCCUGGCGUCAGUGGCUGUUGGUGAUAGCUUUGGCUGUGGCCCAAGUUGCUAUCUCACUAGCCUUACCUGUUCCCGGGUGCCCACGGGGCUACUUGGGACCUGGUGGAUGGCACAUGCAUGGACAGUAUGCCAACUGCUCAGGCGGAGCUGCCAGUUACAUUGAUCGCCUGAUUCUCACUCCGCGGCACAUGCACAAGCUCACAAAUUACAAAUACAUUUAUCAUAGUAGUCAAGUACAUGACAUUUAUGGUAUACUUGGAACCUUGACAUCUGUUCUGACAGUGUACCUAGGAGUUCAUGCUGGUAGAAUCCUUCAGUGCUAUAACUGCACAUUUAUGAGAAUCUCCCGCUGGUUGUCAUGGGGAGUGGUUACUGGCAUAUUAGCUGGAAUCCUCUGUCAUUUCUCGAAAGAAGAUGGAAUCAUCCCAGUCAAUAAGAGUCUCUGGUCCCUAUCAUUUGUGCUGGCAACUGCAAGCAUGGCUUUCCUUUUUCUUAGCUUAUUGUACUUUGUGGCAGACUAUCAUGACUGGUGGAGUGGAGCUCCAUUCCUAUAUGCAGGCAUGAAUUCACUGGCACUCUUUGUUGGCCAUAAGGUGACAAGGCAUGUGUUUCCAUGGACCUGGAAACCUUUCUACAAUAAUCAUUCUGAGCUGUUGGCCAUGGAUAUAUGGGGUACUGCUCUGUGGUUAAUAAUAGCAUAUUUUAUGUAUCGAAAAAAUUGCUUUGUGACUGUCUGAGAAAUGUUACUAAGAGACUGAUUUUAAAUGAUAUACAUGAAACACAGGCAUGAUAUGAGAUGACUACUCAAGGAUAUAGCUUGUGCAUUAUUUAUUGUCAGUGAGUAGUCUACUACAAGAUACACAAGAAUUGAUUGUACAGCACAUCAAAAAAUUUGUAAGUUGAUUUUGAUAUCUUUUUAGUCUUUGUUGAAUGAAUCAGAAUUAAUAAAUUCUAUUGUCCUCUCAGCACAA